CUCCACAAACAACAAAACAAAUGCAAAAUGAAAGCAAAAACUUCUUCUUUUCAAAAGUGUAGAGAAAAAAACACACUCAUACCUAACUUUGCUUCUUUUCUUUAUUCUUAUCAUCUUUCCUUUUUCCCCGAAAAUUCCCGAAUAUCAACAACAAAAGAAACACUUCAUGAUAUUAUGAUGAAGAUCUAUACAUUCAGUUUCUUAGUCUGCUUGUUUUUUAAACUCCAAGGUCACUGCAAAUCAGAUGUCAACCUUGGUUUUACUCUGACACUCUCUUCUCCUGUAGAAUACACUCCCGGAUUUAUGGGCAAAGCUUAUAUAAUUGAGACAGCAUCAUCAUCAACAACAAGAGAACCCGUUUUCAAAGCCGCGUUAACGAUGGAAUCAAGCGAUGAUAAUGCAAGAUAUUUGUGUUCUCUCCAAGUUUUCUUUGGAGAUGUAAGAGUUUGGAACUCAGGGCACUACUCAAAGAUGUAUGUUUCUAACAAAUGCAUCAUCGAGCUCACGAAAGAUGGAGACCUGAGGCUAAAGAGUAACAAUAAACACGUUGGAUGGCGAAGUGGAACCUCAGGACAAGGCGUAGAGAGGCUGGAGAUAGAGAGCACAGGGAAUCUAGUGUUGCUUGAUGCUAUGAGAUUGAUCAAAUGGCAAAGUUUCAACUUCCCAACAGAUGUGAUGUUGAGUGGUCAGAGACUAGACGUGGCUACGCAGCUAACUUCAUUCCCAAAAGACUCGACUUUGUUCUACUCGUUCGAAGUUUUGCGCGACAAGAUUGCUCUUUUCCUCAACUUGAACAAGCUCAAGAAGUACUCUUAUUGGGAGUACAAGCCUAAAGAGAACAGAACGGUCAACUUCGUGAGAUUAGGGUCAAAGGGUCUUGACGUAUUCGACGAUAACAGCCACAGAAUAGGGAGGAUAGAGCAACCUUUGAUCAGAUUCUUGGCGAUUGGGAACAAAACCGGAAAUUUAGGGCUUUAUUCUUAUAAACCGGAAAAGGGAAAGUUCGAGGCAUCUUUUCAAGCGGUGAGCAAGACUUGUGAUCUUCCUGUUGCAUGUAAACCAUAUGGAAUCUGCACGUUCUCCGAGUCUUGUUCUUGCAUUAAGAUUGCGAGCGAUGGAGAUUGCAACAGCAACGAGGAAGAAGAAGGGCUUUCGAUGAAGAGGUUAUGCGAUCACGAGAUGGUUGAGCUAGAAGGAGUCACUACAGUGCUAAGAAACGGUACAGAAGCGAGAAACGUGAGCAGAGAAAGAUGUCAAGAGCUGUGUAAGAAAGAUUGUGAGUGUAGAGCUGCGAGUUACACUGUCUCUGGUGGGCGUUGUGUCAUGUAUGGGGUUGUGAUGGGUGUUAAGGAGAUUGAGAGAGUGAGUGGAAUGAGUUAUAUGGUGAAGAUUCCAAAAGGAGUGAGACUGAGUGAUGAGAAACCGAAUGUGAGAAAAUGGGUUGUGGGAUUAGUUGGAGGGAUUGAUGCUUUUGUCAUUUUGCUGCUUCUUUCUGGAUUUGGCUUUUAUUACAUCCGGAAGCGACGUAAAAGCUCGUCGCCGCCGCAACAACAGCCCAAUACAGCAGAUUAGAUUUCAGAAUUUUGUUGCACAUGUACACAUCGAUACCAUUUUUUUAUAAUGUAUUUGAUCUAUUUAUCAAAUUGUAGAAAAAUUGUGGGUGUUUUACAGUUUAUAUUUCAAUAUAUGGGAGAUAGUUUAGGGAAAGAUUGUUCUGUAGCAAUUUUGAGGUUUAUUAAUUUGA